UGAGAAUUUGUUCCCAAUGAAUGAGAUGCUCACCCAGUGUACCUCUUGUCUAUGCUUAACAAUGGAAUCAUGGGAACACAGAGAAUCUAGCAACAGCUUAGAUUGUAGAGCAGAAGAUUUAUUUAUAUCAAUCUCCUCUUGUGACAAAAACCCAAAAACAAUACAUCCUUUUGGAAGUAACCCUUGUGAACAAUUAUUAUUUUAGGUGAAGAGAAGAAGAUUUGAAGUGUUCCUUGCUAAAUCUCUUGACACAAAUAAUGGAAGAGGAUCCUGAAAAAAGAGGAAGUAAUAAAAGCAACAAGGGUUUGUUGCAGACAGAUGAGUUAUAUCAGUAUAUAUUGGAGACUAGUGUCUACCCACGAGAAGCAGAGCCUCUCAAGGAGUUAAGGGACGCUACAGCAUAUCAUCCAAGGAGAUUGAUGGGUACUGCACCUGAUGCAGGGCUUUUGAUUAGCUUACUAUUGAAGCUUGUUGAUGCAAAGAAGACUAUUGAGAUUGGAGUUUUCACAGGAUACUCUCUCCUCCUCACAGCUCUUUCCAUCCCUGCCGAUGGCAAAGUCAUAGCCAUAGAUAUAGAUCGAGAAGCAUAUGAGAUAGGAUUGCCAAUAAUUCAAAGAGCUGGUGUUGAACACAAGAUCAACUUCGUCGAGGCUCCUGCUCUCCUAGUUCUUAAUAAACUAUUGGAAGAAGAAGAAGAAUCUGACAAAGAAGACUCAUUUGACUAUGCCUAUGUAGACGCAGACAAGGAUAACUACAAGAACUAUCAUGAGAAGUUAAUGAAAUUGGUGAGGGUUGGAGGUAUAAUUAUCUAUGACAACACACUAUGGGGAGGCACAGUUGCCUUGCCUGAGUCUGUCAUCCCUGAGCACAGAAAGUACCUCAGGGAACACAUAAUUGAGUUUAACAAGUUACUCUCAAGUGACCCUCGCAUUCAAAUAUCUCAAAUUCCAGUUGGUGAUGGAGCCACAAUAUGCAGACGUCUCUAUUGAUAUUCAUGCUUUGAUGCUAUGAAUGGUGACAAUAGAAGUUUGAUUUACUAUUUGAACUUCUUGCUUUACACAUCUUCUCACUUUAAAUUCCAUGGUAGUGUCUGAUCAUAAGAGGAAGUGAAUGGCAUAGGAGACCUCCAACUUGCUCUUAGCUACCAAUGUUGUAACCGUUGGAUAUUAAGUACUACUCUUAAUGCAUAUGAAUUAGGGAGAGAAGGCUUUUUAGUAUAUAUUUCUUGUACUUCUCAUCACCAAAUACAAAUGUUUAAAUCCUCUGUACUUC